UCAACUUCGUCAUCCCCGGUUCUCUCCACCCUCCCUCCUCUCCCCCUCCCCCUCCCCAAGCCAUUGGGCCCUCGAUCACCAUGAUAUCAAGAGCCGCGGCUCCCUCGCCUUCCUCCCUCGCCUCCAUCUCCUCCCGCUCUCUCCGCCCCGCGACCCGCUCCUUCGCGACCGUCCAGGACAACGCUCCCCCCGUCCGGCACCAUGGCGGCCUGAAGGACCAGGACCGCAUCUUCACCAACCUCUACGGACACCAUGGUGCCGACCUCAAGUCGGCAAUGAAGUAUGGAGACUGGUACAAGACCAAGGAGAUGGUCCUCAAGGGCGAUGACUGGCUCAUCUCAGAGAUCAAGGCCUCCGGUCUCCGUGGUCGUGGUGGCGCCGGUUUCCCCUCGGGAUUGAAAUACUCUUUCAUGAACUUCAAAGACUGGGACAAGGACCCCCGACCCCGCUACCUGGUCGUCAACGCCGACGAGGGUGAGCCCGGAACCUGCAAGGACCGCGAGAUCAUGCGGAAGGACCCCCAGAAGCUCAUCGAGGGAUGUCUCGUGGUCGGCCGCGCCAUGAACGCCAACGCCGCCUACAUCUACAUCCGUGGAGAAUUCUACCACGAAGCCACCGUCCUCCAGCGCGCCAUCAACGAGGCCUACGCGUCCGGCCUGAUCGGCAAGAACGCCUGCGGCACCGGCUACGACUUCGACGUCUACAUCCACCGCGGCAUGGGCGCCUACAUCUGCGGUGAGGAGACCUCCCUCAUCGAGUCCAUCGAGGGCAAGGCCGGCAAGCCGCGUCUCAAGCCCCCGUUCCCCGCCGCCGUCGGUCUCUUCGGCUGCCCCAGCACCGUCACCAACGUCGAGACCGUCGCCGUCGUCCCCACCAUCAUGCGUCGCGGCGCCAGCUGGUUCUCGUCCUUCGGCCGCGAGCGGAACGCCGGCACCAAGCUGUUCUGCAUCUCCGGCCACGUCAACAACCCCUGCACCGUCGAGGAGGAGAUGUCCAUCUCCCUGCGCGAGCUGAUCGACAAGCACUGCGGCGGCGUCCGCGGCGGCUGGGACAACCUCAAGGCCGUGAUCCCCGGUGGAUCGUCGACGCCCGUCCUCCCCAAGAACAUCUGCGACGACCAGCUGAUGGACUUCGACGCCCUCAAGGACUCCCAGAGCGGUCUCGGUACCGCCGCCGUCAUCGUCAUGGACAAGUCCACCGACAUCGUCCGCGCCAUCUCCCGUCUCUCCACCUUCUACAAGCACGAGAGUUGCGGCCAGUGCACCCCCUGCCGCGAGGGCAGCAAGUGGACCAUGCAGAUGAUGCAGCGCAUGGAGACCGGCCAGGCCCGCGAGCGUGAGAUCGACAUGCUCCAGGAGCUGACCAAGCAGGUCGAGGGUCACACCAUCUGCGCUCUGGGUGAGGCCUUCGCCUGGCCCAUCCAGGGUCUCAUCCGCCACUUCCGUCCUGAGCUCGAGGCCCGUAUCCGCGAGUACCAGAAGGAGGUCGGUGGCGCUGGUCCCUAUGCCGGUGGCUGGGGUCCCGAGGCCCGUGCCGAGGGCAAGUUGAUCUCUCCUGGCAUGUAAUGUCCAUGAUUGGUUAGAUUGAUGGGUUGCUGUGUCGCUGCUUAGAGUGUGUGGGAAGAGAAAAAGAAUAAUUGAUGCUUUUCUUUUAUUUUCUCCGGGUGUUUCUUUACUUGAUAUCUUAUCUUACAUUACAUGUCUGUUGGUUCGUGUACAGUCGGU